UAAUUUAAAUAGGAUAAGCUUUUUAAAUUGAACUUUUAACCAAAAUUAAUUUCUUUAUUUUGUGUUUCUACUUGAACUUGGCCAUUUUAAAAUUUAUUGUGUUGUAUUACAAUACCUACAUUAAUAUAAUAAACUGUUAUUUGUAUACCUUUGUAUUUCUAUAAUGGUAUUCUUACAGGAAUAUGCUUUAGAUACGUUUUUCAAAGGAUUAAUUAUUGGUGUAAUAACAGGUGUAGUCUUGAAUAAAGUUCCAAAUUAUAUUUAUAGUCUAAUACGGAAUAAUAGGAUUAUAAAAGACGAGGUUAAAUCAAAUUCUAAACCUGAACCAGUAUCAUCUACGAAAGACGAGUAUAAAAUGGCAUUAUUAGUUCGACAUGAUUUAAAAAUGGGGAAAGGAAAAGUCGCUGCGCAGUGUUCACAUGCAAUGGUACAUAGUUAUGAAGCGGGUCUUAAGUUGAUCCCAGGAGUUAUAGCAAAUUGGGAAUUGAGUGGUAGACAAGUGGAUGUAUUCAAAAUAGCAGAUGAAGAAACCAUGUUGAAGAUUAGUGAUUUGGCAGCCGCCGAAAAUUUUAACGUGUAUAUAGUAGUUGAUGCAGGGCGUACACAAGUAGCUCCCAAAUCAAAAACAGUUAUGGCUAUAGGCCCAGCUAAAUGUAGUCAACUUGACGAAAUAACUAGAGAAUUUGAAAUAUACUCUUGAAUCUGUACUAGUUUUUUUUUUUUUUUAAUGUAAAAAGUCUUUUGUGUUCUAGUGAACUCUAAUAAAGGUUUUUAAAAACAAAUGUUAAGGGAUUAAGGAUUAAUGAAACAUAAAAAUUGUUUAAAAUGUUAACAUUUAUUUUAACAAUAUAUUGCUACGUUUACUUUAAUUUUUUUAAUUAUAAAUACUACAUAUGCCCCUGGAUAUAGGCAACCAAAUAUACAGUUCAGCAGUUAGUAAAUAGGACCUUCUCUAAAAAUUACCUAUUUUGAAUUGUUUUUUUUUCAUAAUACAUAAUUUUUGACGUUCAAUACAUUUCCUCUUUCCUCCUAAAAUUGGUGACAUUAAUAUUAUUCAAUUUGUCAAACUAAUUAUU